UAAGGACUAAAAACUCGGAGAAGAGUCGUUCACUCGCAGUGGGGGCACGGGAAGCAAGUGCCAUCUUCCACGUUGAUUUCCUUCGAUUCUUCACUGACGCGACCCGCGAAGAUGCCGCCCAAACCCGAAACUCAAGCUCUUCACGGCUCUUCUUCCUCCACCGUCGCCGAUUCGCCGUCCUCCACCACCAUGGAUCCACUCUUUCACAUUGUCCGGAUCCUUCCCUUUAGCUUCCUCCGCCCGCCUCGCCUCCGCCUCAAGCUCCCAUCUUUCACCCUCCCAUCUCCCAUGACUGUCUUCGCCCUAGUCCUCCUUACCUACUUCAUGGUUGUCUCCGGCAUCGUCUACGACGUCAUCGUCGAGCCCCCUGGCAUCGGGUCCACCCAGGAUCCUUACACUGGCGCCGUGCGGCCCGUUGUUUUCAUGCCCGGACGCGUCAACGGCCAGUACAUCAUCGAAGGACUAUCCUCUGGCUUCAUGGUCGUGCUCGGUGGGAUCGGAAUUGUCCUAUUGGAUCUCUCUUUGGAUCGCAACCGUGCGAAAAGUGUCAAGGUUUCUUACGCCUCCGCCGGCGUCUUCUCUGUCCUGCUUGCUUAUGUGAUGAGUAUGCUUUUCAUUCGUAUCAAGAUCCCGGGCUAUCUUAGAUGAAUUUUGCUCAAUUUCAUGUUAGAGAACUGGGUUUAAGUUAUGCGUCUUCAAUUGCAAACAUUGUUAGAUUUAAUUAUGCCAGUGCCCAUACUUCCCUUUUGCAUUCUGUAGUUUGUUGUACUCUUUGGAUUACGUAAGUCCCGAUGGUAAUUCGACUUGAUUUGAUAUCUAUAGCCUAAGUACCUAUUAUAUA